UCUCUUGAGCGGCGUUGGUGUGUCGCCAGCACUUAGAAUUUUAAGUUAGUUUUAUUUAGUAAAUGUUUAUUUUAUAGAUAUAAAAUACAAAAACAUACUUUAUAAUGAAUAAAAUUUAAAUAUAACAAAAUUACCUUAUAAUGGUACGAUAAUCAUAUUAGAAAGCAAUCCAAAAACAUAAAAAACACAAUAAAAAUAAAUAAAUAACAUCACUAAAAAUACAAAGAACAGUGAUACAAAACACUUUAUAACAACGAGUUACACAAUAAAAAAAACACCGGCUUGGCGAUUUCCAGAAAUCAGUAAACGGAAGAUGUGCGCCGCGAUCGAUAUGUUGGCGUCGGAACAAUUAUUCUACGGCCACAGUCCGCCAGCUGGUUUCCUAACAGACUACACGCCACCACGAAGACAAACUAAGAUCACCGCAAGAGGAUAUUCAUCACCGUGUCUGUCUGUGCUCAAACCUGUGCAGUUAACUUUAAAAUCAGCUCCCAGAUCGUGUAUACGAUUAUCAACAGAAAAGAAGAAGAAACACGUCGUGUUCGCUGAUGAUAGAGGGUUUGCGUUGGAGCAUGUCAAAUUUAUGACAGAACCAUCACAUGUGCCGCCGUACUGGGCAUUCAAAGUCGUAGCUAGUCCACCAGUUGAAAGAAAAGUGAAACCAGUGCUAGAUUUAUGGGAGACACGCUUUGUGCAACCUGCUUCAGAUUAUUUGGAAUUCAGAAGACGGAUCACAGAAGAGUGUGUGUCAUUAGAGAAUGUUAUAGUGAAACAAAACGAGUUAGCGGUAGACGGUACUGUUAAAGUGAAGAAUCUCGAUUACUUAAAAGAAGUAUUUGUGAGAACCACUCCUGAUGGAUGGAGUACUAAGGAAGAUACUUAUUGUGCGUUUAUAGAAUCAGGUCCUUUGUUACAAAAUGGAGUUUCAACGUACGAUACAUUCGGAUUUCAAUUGCAACUACCUAUACAUUCGAGAAGAUUGGAUUUCUGUGUCGGAUUUCGUUGUCAAGGUAAAGAAUUCUGGGACAAUAAUAAUGGAAAGAAUUACACGAUAGAAAAGUCAUCUACAAAAAGUUCUCCAGCGGUGUCAUGUGCUAGAAUUAACUAUGGAAAUUCGUGGUCAGUUAAAGCGGACUAUAAUGGUAACACUCCUUAUUGGUGAAAGUGAAUGAAAACUAUUCAAAUGGUUCUUUUUUUGGUUCUAUCAAUCCUUAAGGGAUCUGUGAUGCUUGUGCCAUACUGUCAGAAGAUAGAGGUAUCUAUUUUUUUCAAAUUAUCGAUGUUUUUUUAAGUGAUAGUGUUGCGCGAUUGUCGAUAUUUUUAAUGAGACGUUAUUUUUAAGUGAGAUAAUCUUUUGGUAUCGUAGACUCCGCUGAUUUAAGCAUAGACAAUACUAUUUAUUUUAUUAUAUAGGUAACAUAGAUACCAAUAGAAAGCGCAAUACUUUCACUUUAGUAAGGGUUAAGUUCGGUUGGAGAUUUAUGUAAACUUGCAUGAAGUCUGACUAAACACUAUACGCUUAGUUUGGUCACUUAAAGAGUCCUUUAGUAUACUUCUCCUACUAAAUAUAAAGGUCUCUAGCGACCAAUAACCGAUUGAGUGUAACUAAUUAAUUUAUUUAAAUAUAUGGCUGAUAUGUUAAAAUUAAGACUUUUGUUGAUACAAAUGGUUAGUAGUGUUUAUGUUGUGUUAAAAUCAAGCUUUUUAUCGAAAAGUUUUAAAAUUUUAUCUUGUUAUCGAUAUUUUGUGAUUGUUAUUGACAACACUAAAAUAUAGCACAUAGCAAAGAUUAUUAUUUAAUGAUAACUAGGCGGGGAAAUUAGUUACUUAUCAUAAAAUAACUUUAAUGCUAUUAAAGUAAUAUAUAAUCUGUAAAUCGUCACUAUUUUGAUAGCUUUAAAAUAUUAUCGUCAUAAACUAAAUCAAUCUAUAAAAUUUUUAUUUGAAUAGACUAAUCCAAAGGUUGACUACCCCUUAAAUUGACGGAUUAACAGCGGUUGUCAACCUUUUAAAUAGGAAUGUAUGAAUUAUUCACAUGUAUGUCACUUUUAAAUCAUACUAAUAUUAUAAAUGCGAAAGUUUAGAUGGAUGGAUGUUUGUUAGAGUUUGUAGCCUAAACUGCU